GCUGCGUUUACGUAUGUAUGUGAGCAGUGAGUGUGUACACACUCGCACUCGCACAAGUGCAAUCAAUAAAUGUAUUGAACUGAGAUUUAAACACGGAACACGUCGUAUUAUAUUUGAUACCUUCACUACCUGUAAUACCUCCGCACCUCAAGUAAGAACAGGGGAACAAAUCAAUAUCUGGCACUAUGACAGUAGCAUCAUCUGAUAUCACACAGCCGAAUCAGCGCAUAUGCGCGGAAUGGACUUGGACAGGCACCUCCUUUGAGCGUGGCAUUUUCGUAGGCAUUGGAGCUGACGGGGUUAUAAGCAGUGUUGAGUUGAGUGAAUCGAGUGAUCACAAUGUGAACCACGUAGAUGGCAUUCUUCUACCUGGUUUUGUGAAUGCGCAUUCACAUGCCUUCCAACGGCUGCUCAGAGGCAAAGGAGAGGUCUACAGUAGCGCUAGUAAACACAACUCGUUCUGGGGAUGGAGAGAUGAGAUGUAUAACCUUGUGAAUACCUUAGGUGCAAAGGAAUUCAAGGCUGCAUGUGUGCUUUGUUUCACUGAGAUGCUAGAUGCAGGCAUAACCUGUGUAGGUGAAUUCCACUACUUCCAUCAUGGGGACAUGCCUUAUCAAUACGAUUCCAUAGUUCUCGAGGCAGCAAAAGAAGUAGGUAUACGUAUAGUAUUGUUGAACGCGUACUAUGAGUUCGCUGGAUGUGGCAAGAAGGAGCUAUCUGAGGCUCAGAAACGCUUUGAAACACAUGACCUGGAUGCGUAUUGGAAGCAGUUGGACUCACUUUCUGACUAUAAGCGUGGUGUUGUUGCGCACUCUAUUCGAGCUGUAGAUCCAGUGGAGUUGGGCCUUCUCGUCCGCGGCGCCAGAGACCGCAACCUGCCAUUCCACAUGCACUUAGAAGAACAGGUGGCUGAAAUCGAACAGUGCAAAGCUUCCUUCGACAACAAGACACCCCUGCGCGUGCUACUGGAUCUGGACAUCAGCCUCGACCACGUGACCCUCGUCCACUGCACACACUCGGAAGACGCUGAGAUGCAGGCAUUUGUGGCCAGAGGAGGUAUGGUGUGUGUAUGUCCUUUGACAGAGGGAGCCCUAGCCGACGGACUCCCCAACCUGCAGCCCAUGAGCGGGCAGAUAUGCCUGGGCACGGACUGCAACGCGCGCAUCGACUUUCUGGAGGAGAUGCGGUGGCUCGAGUACGGCCAGAGAGUUAAGACGAACAGACGGGGUGCUGUUUGUCACGUGGGUACCACGUGGGUACCGGAUCUAUCUGCGGAGCUGCUGAGAUAUGCCACAGAGAUGGGGGCUAAGGCGCUUGGGGUGGAUGCCGGGUGCAUCGAGGUAGGUAAGUUGGCGGACUUUGUGGUGUUGAAGGUGGACUGUGAGAAUGUGAUGGAGAUGCUGCCGACUGCGAUAUUCGGUGAUGCGGCUGUGGGUGGUGUGUGUGUGGGUGGCAAGUGGGUGCGCGAGUACACCUCAUCGUCUGCAACUGUAUCUGCAGACAGUCGCGUACGGAAAGGCGUGACGGUUGACGUUGGUACCGGUUUUGUUAAGAACGGAAAUAGCGGGACGCCGCAGAAGCGAGCUCGAGUAGAGCCGUGUGAAGAGGGUUCUCUAGACCAAUCCGAAGCAGCGUGUGUGCGCCGGGUAAUGGACGCUGGAGAUGACGUGGUGGCGCUCGCUCGUUCAUUGGUGGAUAUAAAUAGCACAUCUGGCAGCGAGCAGCACAUGGCCGCGGCUGUGACGUCCUGGUUGGUCGCACGGGGGUGGAAUGUGGCACAACAGGCAGUGGGCAGUAGGUACAAUCUGCACUGCGUGCGUAACCAUGCCAACGGAGAGGUGAACUCUGCCCCACCAAAGGUGUAUAUGAACACACACCUCGAUGUGGUACCUCCAUGGUUCCCCAGUACAGUAGACGACACCAACCUGUACGGCAGGGGUGCGUGUGACACCAAGUCGCUUAUAGCUGCCAUGCUCAUUGCCGCACAGACACUCACAGAGACCAAUCGCUCGGCUGUGGGUCUGUUGUUUGUGGUCAGUGAAGAAACUACGCACGAGGGCAUGAUCAAGGCCAACGAGUUAGGCAUCAACCCGCAGUACCUGAUAGUGGGCGAACCAACUGAUGCCAAGGUGGUGCUGCUGCAAAAGGGUAUACUGAAGUGCACGCUCACGGCCAAGGGAGUGGCGGCUCACUCCGGGUACCCGCACCUGGGACGUUCGGCUAUAGACGACAUGCUGGGUGUGUUGGGGGAGAUCAGGGCGUACGCCUUCCCACAGAGCGAAUCCCUGGGUGUGACCAAUGUGAAUGUAGGUAAGAUCUCGGGUGGUCAAGCCGUCAAUGCCUUGGCCGAAGAGUGCAGCGCUGAGCUGUUGUUCCGACUCAUCAGUGCACCGGAGACUGUGCUAGAGGUGGUUGAAGGCGUAUGCUCCAAGUAUGCGGAUGUCAGUGCGAAGGUGAUCACCAAGAACGAUCCCGUGGACAUGACCUAUGUCAAUGACCUGAUUACUGGGUUCGACUUUGGCACGGCGUGUUUCAAUACAGACAUCCCGUACUUCAACUUUGAUGGCAAGGCUGUACUGUACGGCCACGGCUCUAUCACCGAUGCUCACUGCCCCCGCGAGUACAUUGCGCUGAAGGAUCUGAAGAGCUUGGUCCCUGCAUACGUUGACCUGGUCAAACAACUGUCGGAUAAGUGCUAGAUACUCUGCUGCCACAAAUGAGAUGGGUGCUGGCACCUGUCACUCAUGCUGGCUCCUUGCUUGUUAGAGUAUCAGCAUAAUACCAAUCAUUCGUAACGCUCGCACAUAUAUAUACAUAUAUAUAUAUAUAUAUAUAUUCAUAUAGUGUCCAUGGUGGUGCUGUGGACGGGUAUGCGGGUAACUGACUCGGGUAGUAUAAAUCCUUGCGGCGCGGCAUAUGGCUGAAGAUUGAAUUUGAGUUUACUUUGUACAUAAGUGCCCUCGGAGUGGCUGAUAGUUGUUAGAAAUUAUACAUAGAGCCAGAUUUCUUUCAGUAAACUUGCUUAGUAAUAUUAACUGACAACCCUCUGUGUAUGCUUGGAAAGGACCCCAAAAGGAAGUUCGCAAAUCAAUUCGUAAUUUAAUCCGACCAAUCUGUUCAAUAUUGUAUAAGUCGUGGUACUUUAUUGAAAGACUUUCACAGAAGUCAGUGCAGUGAACCCGUCCGCUUGCCUACCAUACGCGCAUACAAAUAAGGAGACGGGCAAUGCGUUGUAUCAUCUCCGG